UUUUGUAACAGAUUUUUUUUUUUUUUAUGGCACGCCUGUGAUUCCAUAAGACCGCACCUCGACGUGCGCCACGUCCGACACGCGUGGAAGCAAUAAUUAAUUGUUGUUGUUGUUGUCUGCAUUUUUUGUUGUCUUGUACUUAUCACAGCGUCCAGUAGAUGGGGAAAUAGGACAGUAACUUGAGGUGUUUUCAAUGUUAGAAGAAGAACCGCCUCACGACUGCAAAGUCUGUGUUGCGACAUGUCGAAAAACAAGCGGAACGAUUUGCGGCAGUACUGAGCAAUACUUGUUGUUUAGUUGUUGUUAAAAGAGAAACUGUCACAUCAGGCUUCUUCCCAGUAAGUGCAAAUCAGUCACCGUGUUUCGGACUCAUUUUAGUUUCGCUUUUGACGCGCUUUCUGCUGAAAUACGUCGUCAAAUUGUGGGGAAAGUCCAAAUAGCAGCAGUUUUUUUCUUUUUCUUUCUCUGUGAAACAAGGAACUACACUAACCGCAUUCUGUUACAGCGGGUUUGUCCACUGAUCCUGCCCCCGAAAAAGCGAUGCUGGUCACCGUUUUCUGCGCGCCGAGGGAUCGCCCAGAAACCACCUUCGCCCUCGAUGUGUCCCCGGACCUGGAGCUGAGAGACUUCGUAGCACUUUGUGAACUGGAAUCAGGAAUCCCGGCUGGAGAAAUCCAGAUCACAUAUGUAGAACAGCCCCUAAAAGACCCCACUCGUGCCUUGGGGACCUAUGGAGUUAAGGAUGGAGAUGUGGUGGUUCUCCGGCAAGCUGACAGAAGGCCACCACCGACUCAGCCAGCCUUCCCAGGUCUGCCCCAUAUUGACUUUCGCUCCAUCACAGUCCCAAGCACCUCUUCUUCAACCAGUCAACGUGGUGCCAUAAGGCCGCAGCAACAGGCUUCACAGCCGCCGCAGCCGCAGCCGCAGCCGGUGCCGGUGCCGGUGCCGCAGUCGCUGCCGCAGCCGCUGCCGCAGUCGCAGUCGCAGCCGCAACCGCAGCCACAGCGCGCCGCACAGCCUUCCACGCCAAUGGCCUUUCGCGGCUCCUCUCCUCAGGGGCUGGACGACCCCGCCUUACUUCAGCAGAUGCUUUUAUCCAAUCCACACGAGCUUUCACUCCUCAAGGAGAGAAACCCUCCGCUCGCCGAAGCCCUGCUGAGCGGAGACUUAGAGCGUUUCACCAAAGUGCUGCUGGAGCAACAGCAGGAUCGAGCCAGAAGAGAGCAAGAGAGGAUCAGACUGCUGACUGCUGAUCCUUUUGAUUUGGAAGCCCAGGCAAAGAUUGAAGAGGACAUCAGGCAGCACAAUGUGGAAGAAAACAUGACCAUUGCAAUGGAGGAGGCCCCAGAAAGCUUUGGACAGGUGGUUAUGCUGUACAUUAACUGCAAAGUCAAUGGCCACCCUGUGAAAGCUUUUGUUGACUCAGGAGCCCAGAUGACCAUCAUGAGCCAAGCGUGUGCCGAGCGCUGUAACAUCAUGCGACUGGUGGACCGGCGCUGGGCUGGGAUCGCCAAAGGAGUGGGCACCCAGAAGAUCAUUGGCAGAGUUCAUUUGGCUCAGGUCCAGAUAGAGGGGGACUUCCUUCCUUGUUCUUUCUCCAUCUUGGAGGACCAGCCGAUGGACAUGCUGCUCGGCCUGGAUAUGCUGAAGAGACACCAGUGUUCAAUCGACUUGAAGAAAAGCGUGCUCCUAAUAGGCACCACAGGCACCGAAACCCGCUUCCUCUCUGAGGCGGAGCUGCCGGAGUGCGCCCGGCUGGCGUACGGAGCAGAGGGACGCGAAGACGCCCGUCCGGAUGAGAUAGCCGACAGAGAACUGGCAGAGGCGCUUCAGAGGUCCAUACAGGAAAGUGACACUGCAGAUGGACAAACUACCUCACCACAGCCCCCACCAUUUACAUUACCCAGAUCCUUAGACCAAAUGUCCUCACCCGCCUCCCCCUCCCAAAGCCCUUCCUCCGGUCAGACCCUGGAUCGCUCUCAGUCUGCUCCGGCCGCCAUGGAGCAGGCCUCAGCGCUCGGGCAGUGUCAGGCCCGAGCCGGCUUCCGGGAGCUUCCUCAGCCUUCAUCCCCAGCAGAGGAUGCAGCUUCUACACCUCAUCCUGCCCACCCUCACCCUCUGCCUCUCCAUAGCAACUCAGAAGUGCCCCCUUUACCCAGUCCCUCAACAGAUGUCCUCCGUACAUGUACCCCUCCUGCAGACAUGACCACGGUGUCCCAGGACCCGGGGGGUGAGGUUCAACCUGGAGACGCAAAGGGGGAAUCAGAUGAGGAGGCGAACCCCUCCAUGUGCUCCUUUCCAGAGCAACUGUCCCCCAUCCAACCCAUGGAGCAGGAGGCGACUGAGUCCGAUGCAGCCGACACCACAGAAGCCUGUCCCAGCGCUCCCAGCCAACCCGACUCGGUUGAGAUGGAGUCUCCCACCGCUUCCCACGGCGUGGUGUCCUCUGAGAGGGACCAGCCUGACGGAGAGCGCUGCUCCAGCUCCGACAGCAUCCCCUCGCUGGCGGCUGCUCUGAUGGAGCUCCAUGAACUGCUGGUGUCAAACAACCACGCUCAGUCCCAGAACCGCAGCUCCUCCUGCUCCCCGUCACACCCGUUCAGGCAGGACGCCGACAGAGCGUCCCCCGAGCCAUGCACCCCGACGUCCGACAACACCCAGCCUACCCCCUCUACUGCCAUUACAGCCGGUGCAGAACCAAGCGAUGCCAAAGCCAACUAUGCUGCUGCUGUGUCUGAUGAGGAACCAUCCAAGUGUCUUGUGCCCGACCUCUCUGGCCAGGAUGACCAUCUGGGCGUAGAUGCAGCAGAGACUGUGGAGGGACGAGGACCACCGCAGUGUCCGGACGGCUCCGGGGAGAGGAGGGCGGAUAGAUGUGGGCAAGAGGAGGCCUGCAACGUCAGCAGCAUUUGUCAGCCUGAGCCAGAGGUUCCUCCUGAUCCUGCAGGAGACCUCGAGUUCAGGGAGCCUCCCGAGGGGCAGCACGGGAGAGGGGUCGCAGACGGACAAGCCUCUGGCACCAACACCCCGGACACUCUGGGCCUCCAGACUGAGCACACUUUCCUCAGCCCUCUGUCAAUGGCAGUGGGCUCGCCGGAGGAAGUUUCCAGCACCUCCUCUGUUCCUCCUCUCGCUCAGGCCCCCCAGCCUUCAUCUCCAGCCCAUCCUCUCCCGUCUCCAGCUCCCUUUAUAGAACAGUUUCCAGCUGAGCACAUCCAGAGAAUCCAGGCAGCGGGCUUUUCUGCCAGGGAGGCUGCGGAGGCGCUGGAACAAGCCCAUGGGGUUGUGGAGCUAGCUCUGCUGGCACUUCUAGCCCGCAGUAUCACUGUGCCCACCUAGCCUCAUAACCAAUCAUAUGAGCCCCCAGCCUCCCAACUCAGCAUCUGUCUUAUUUAUACCUUGUUACUGAUCCAGAUGUCUCAGUCCCUUUUUAGCAGGGAGCACGUAAAAGCCACAGGGAACCGCUGUCUCUCGGUUACAGAAUAUUCAAGAACAAACAGGACGACUGGUAAAACUUUUCUGGAUAUUAAAGAUACGUGAGGUGUGUUUGCAUGCAGAUAUUUUGGGUGCCCACCCGUUUCAUUGGUUUUUAGAAAAUUUGGUAUCAUAGAUUGAUUUUUUUAUUUUAUUCUUUUUUUCUUGUUUUUGUCAUCCAACGUUGACAUAUUAAUGUAUGAUUGGACAUUUAAACGCUAUAAUUUCCCCUUUGAUAAAACUAUUGUUGUGUACAAGUUUAAUUUGUAAGUCCAAAACAAUCUGGGAGUACAGCUGCUACUCCGACCAGAACUUCUGAUGAACUCAUUCAGCACAAAUGUGAACAGUCAUUUAGAUUUUUUUUAAAAAAUUGUCCCUUCAAUUUUGAAACCAGAGCCCAACGAUGGAUCAGCAGUAUUGUGAGAACUCCUGCAGUCGAUGGGGGGGUCGAUCGUUUCUGAUCAAGUUUACAAAUUUCCACAGAUGAGUGGAAACCCCUGAUUUUCAUUAUCACUCGAGAAUAUCAAGUGUGUCUGUUGAAGUAUGAUCAUAGACGGCAUUUCCUUUGAUUCAGUAAUACAGAAGGUAUCUCGUACUGUACGCGUCACUCUUCACACUUUGAAAGCUUUGCCAUGUGUAGAUUACAAACCUGUUUGUAGCUCCUGUUCCUUUAUUUUGUGUCAAAUCAUCAUAGUGUGUGUUCAGACUGAAGAACAUCCAUUUUCGUUUUGUAAUCUGUUAGAAUGCGGCUGUCAAAUGUUUUGUCAUAUAUCAUGGAUUUUAAUGGCUUUAUUCGAGUCAUAUACCAACAAUGUUCAGGCAGAAUGAAUUAUUUACUUUAUGGAAUUUUAAAUUGCAAAUAAAAUGAAACUAGGAUUUGUACAAA